AUGGAUCGCGGGCGGCCCAUUGCUUCGCCCAAGGGUCGCGCCCACAGGUCCACCUCUCGGCCGCACCAGCAGAUGCUGUCGAGCUCACCCCUGGCCGAGCAGGCCCUGGCCGACGACAUUGCUGCCUGCUCCGAGGACGACGCCGUCCACCCGGAGGACGACGACUUUUGCGAUGCCGGCUUCCCCACCCACGGCCAUGGCAUGUACCGGAGGCCAAGCGGCGUGGCAUACGGAGGCGCCCGGCCCGUCUUCAACCAGCCCAUCGAUGAUGAGCCCAUCCUGACCCCCUUGGAACGGAAGCAGUCUCGCAAUGCGGAAAGGAGCUUGCUGAGGGACAACCACGUGCUGCCUCCGAAGCACGCCUUCGAUCCUAAGAAGAAGCCCAGUCUUGGGGCACGCAUCUAUCGUCGCCUCUUUAGCACCAAGCUGCCACCUACGGACGAGGAGGAGGCCGAUGCGGCUGCUCGCCGACCGACCGAGACGUCGCCUCUCUUGAACGGCGCUCACGUUCGCGAGUAUGUGGCUGACGGCGAUUCCGGUUCCGCGGACUCGCUGCUCGAGGAGCAGUGGGAAGGCGCCGUGGCAUCUGGUCGUCUCCGUACCACCUGGCAGCGCGAGACCAAGACCAUUGUGUCGUACUCGGCGCCCCUGAUUGCCACCUUCUUCCUCCAGUACUCCAUCAACGUGGCCAGCAUCUUCGCCGUCGGCAGAAUUGGCACCGUAGAGCUAGGAGCCGUCUCGCUCGCCAACAUGUCCGCGGCCGUCUCGUGUCUAGCACCCUUCCAAGGUCUGGCCACGAGCCUGGAUACCCUCUGCGCUCAAGCCUACGGCUCUGGGCACAAGCACCUCGUCGGCCUGCAAUGCCAACGCAUGGCGACCUUUCUGUUGUGCCUCUCUGGUCCAGUGGCCGUGCUGUGGCUGUUCUCGGAGGGCAUCCUCCUCCACAUCGUGCCUGACCCCGAGUCCGCCCGGCUUGCCAGCCUCUACCUCAAGGUCAUGAUCUUUGGCAUCCCGGGCAUCAUCCUGUUCGAGACGGGGAAGCGGUUCCUGCAAGCCCAAGGCCUCUUUAGAGCCACGACUUACAUCCUGCUCGUCGCCGCUCCCAUCAACAUCUUCAUCAACUGGCUCCUGGUCUGGAAGCUGGGCCUUGGGUUCGUUGGCGCCCCCACUGCCGUCGCCAUUACCGAAAAUCUCCUGCCCAUCCUUUUGUUCCUGUACGUCAGGUUCGUGGACGGACGCCAGUGCUGGGGAGGCUUCAGCAAGCGUGCCUUUACCAACUGGUGGGUCAUGAUUCGCCUGGCGCUGCCCGGCAUGAUCAUGGUUGAGGCCGAGUGGAUGGCCUUUGAGAUCGUGACGCUCCUCUCUAGCCGCCUGGGCACCCAGUAUCUCGCGGCCCAGAGUAUCCUCGCGACCCUCACCACCAUUUCGUUCCAGAUCCCGUUCCCCAUGUCGAUUGCCGCGUCUACGCGAGUCGCCAAUCUCAUCGGAGCGGGCCUGGUCGAUGCGGCCAAGAUAACCGCAAGAGUGACCUUUGUUGCCGCAUGCCUCCUCGGCGUCCUCAACCUCGUUCUGUAUAGCACGCUUCGAUACCACCUGCCGAUUCUCUUCACCAACGACGACGAGGUCAUUUCUCUGGUCGCCCAGGUCCUGCCGCUCGUCGCCGUCAUGCAGGUAUUCGACGGCCUUAGCGCCGGAGCACACGGCCUGCUACGCGGCAUCGGCAAGCAGUCGAUUGGCGGGCCGGCCAACCUCAUCGCCUACUACGUCAUUUCUCUGCCAAUCUCGCUCGCCCUGACCUUUGGCCUCGACUGGCGGCUCGAGGGUCUGUGGAGUGGCGUUACGGUUGGACUCAUUGUAGUAUCUCUGAUCGAGUACACAUAUCUCCUCAAGACGGACUGGCACAAGGCUGCCGCCGAGGCCGAGGCCCGCAACCAAGCGGGCUGA